GUCCAGGAGCGCCGAUGUCAACCUGACAGGCUAGGCUGUCUGCGUGGUGUGAGUGAUCCAGUUCGAGCACCUAUCAAAUCUGUAUUGCAUCCUACUAUGUUCUCUCGGCGGUAUUCCGAAACUCGAUUUCGGCAGACGUCAGUCGAGGGACUUAUGCUCGCUUUGCUAUUCCUGUUAGCAUCAAAAUGGUUGGCACAAGCUGCGUUAGCACUGCAUGCAACAACGGAUGUUUCGAGCGUCGACAGAGUGGAGGCCGUGAUGUCGACGUCGACUACGGCUUUUCCGGAGGAUCAGGGUGCGAGUGACUACGCCCAAGUGACGCGCGAGUUGAUCGCCCGAGUUAUCGCCAACGUGCCGACGUCCCUUCGGAGAAAGUUGCUAGAAGCCGACGUCCGGCUGGAGUGCGCGGUGGGUCUCUUGCGGACUGUGCGUGGAUUCCAGAACCUCGAACCAUGGGCGCUGAAAUUGUUCGACGCGUCCGGCAAGUACCCCACGGGCCUGUUCGAGGGCACCCGCGCUGAUUUGGGAGCAUUCGACGAGUGCCUCCGCACUGUAGUACGCGACAGCUAUGGGAACAUGCUGUCGCGAGGGCAGUAUUGCAACCUGAUGAUUUAUGUCACGAACGGCUCAGCCGUGGAGGAGAUCUUUCGCUCAUUCUCGGAUGUUUUGCACCCAAGACUACAAUAUUUCAGGAAGUAUUUUACCUACACGAAGCUUCCUAUGGGUCGCCUGGCAAUAUGCUCUUUAGACGACUGCAACCAACAAGACAUGCAAGCCUUGGUGGCCACGGUGACGCCGCCUUUCAUACGCAUCGAAGUGUCUGACUGCGUAACGGGGGAACCGGAACCGUGGAGCAGAAGAGAAAUUGGAAUUUGGAUAUUUUUAGGUUUCCUGCUCAUCGCCGUCGCAGCUGGUACCUAUGUCGACUGCUUCAUGAACCGAGUGCCCAAGAGCGAGAAAAAUCGCAGUGCUCUGUUGGAAUUCAUCACGGCCUUUUCGGCGACGUCCAACACACGCGUGCUGCUCAAGGUUGCUGACAAGAAUAAGCCAGACCACUACGCCCUGAAGUUUCUGCACGGCAUGCGGUUUUACGCCAUCGUCCACAUUGCCCUCGGCCACUGCGGCGCAGUAAUGUCUGACACGUGGUGUGAGUACGUCAUGCGUGCCUGA